UCGGGGUUUUUUUUAUCGCGUGUUGUGACGUGUCCGUGCAGACAAGAGUCAGCUGGACGAUUCGCCGAUUAUACAAUAUUUCUUACUAUGUCGCUCUAACAUGGGACACACGAUUUUCAUUAAACUUACUCCAGUCGGGUUAUAGAGGAAUCCGGGGGAAAGGUGAUCCAAUCAAAAUUACGGGGCGAUGUAAACUGUGGUGAAAGCAGAGAGUGUUUUCUCUCUACCCAUGCUACACGUAUUGUGUAAACUGGAUUUUUCUUGUAUAUUCUCCGGAUCACCUGCGGUAUUCGUUAUCAGUGCUAAAGGGGACUUGGUCUAUUCAUAUACAAAUCUGAUAAACUAGUCGCAUAGUUCAAUGGAAACUUCAAUAUGGAGGCACGAGCUCUCGGAUGUUGUCAUACGUCCCAUCUAAAUUUCUGCUUCGGUCUGUCCGUCGGCCUUGUCAUCUCAUUCCUCCUCGCCAGUUUUUCCUCCCUUCAAACCCCCUUAAUUCUGACCAGGAAGUAUGCAGCGGAGAAAUUCGACAGCUACCUAUCUUCUAGAUCGCUACAGGAAGUGGCCAAAACGUAUGACGAAAUGCAUGAAGACAUGGACAAGCGGGUCUCUGAGAAAGACGUAAAAGAAAUCAGUUUCGAUGAUGAACAUGAACAUCAUGAUGACGACACUGUUGCAAGAAAAUUGGCCGAAAGAAUUCGAGUUCUAUGCUGGAUUAUGACAGGCCCGCAGAAUUUGCAGAAGAAAGCUAUACACGUGAAGAAGACGUGGGGAAAACGAUGCACCAAGUUAAUAUUCUUCAGUUCCGAAACAAAUCACACAUUUCCCACAAUUGGACUUAACAUUUCAGAAGGACGUGAUCACCUCACAGGAAAAACAAUGAGGGCGUUCAAAUAUGUUUAUGACCACUUUUUUGAUGAAGCGGAUUGGUUUAUGAAAGCUGAUGACGACACUUAUUUCAUCAUGGAAAAUCUGCGUUAUUUUCUGUCAUCACGUGACCAAACGGAACCCGUUUACUUUGGUCAUCAUUUCAGGACUAUUGUUAAACAGGGGUAUUACAGUGGGGGUGCCGGGUAUAUUCUUAGUAAAGAGACCCUAAAGAGAUUGGCCACUACGGGACAGAAUCCAAAAUUUUGCAGGCAAGAUGGCGGUGCGGAAGACGCAGAGCUGGGCAAGUGUAUGCAAAAUCUCGGAGUGAAGACGGCAAACUCGACAGAUGCUCUCGGACGGAGCCGUUUUCACUGCUUCGAUCCAGAAACCCAUCUAAUGGGGGGUUAUCCCAAUUGGUAUUAUAAAUACGAUGCCAAUGGGGCCAGAAAGCUGCGGUCGGUUUUAACAAUUUAUGUGGACCUAUGUGACUUUGCUGUAUAAAUUUUCCAGUAAUGUGGCGGUCCAAAGGUCACGUGAACAGAGCACUGAUAAAGAAAUCAGUCCCCACAUUUGACACAGUGGGAUAAAAAUCCUGUCGGGCACGUAAGGAUGGAAAGCAAGGACCGUAUCAUUUCAACAAGCGAAAAUUUAUCUAGAAAACAUAGUGGAUGAUUUUAAUUUUGAUGAAAUUGCCAAGUCAUAAACAUUGAACACGUAACUAUUUAAAUACCCAAUGAUAUUUUGCAAAAUAAAAUAGCGGACACUGAAUUACAGCAGUAUAAUGUAUCCAUUAAUACACGUGUACGGGGUCUGCAUGGACCAGCACUGUCGACUACCGAGAACUGUCGACUACCGAUCUUGAAUUAAUUUUUUUUACAGACUGUCGUAUAAGGUAACUUUGUACAUGAACUUGUUGCAAUGCUCACAGAGAAUUCGAUUCUUUUCAAUCUUUAAUAUUCAAAUGACCUUAGUUGCGUUUUUGUUCACUAUGAAUUUGCGAUCGUUUGCGUUACCUUGGAGUGAAAAUAAGAUAAAACAAAAGAAUACAGAUACCUGACAGUUUGUCAGAGUCACUGUGUUAUUGUGUCCAGCUGAUUUGAUGCAGUAUUAAGGUGAUGACGUCUCCACGUGGAACCUGAUAAUGAUCACACCCGAGGUGUUACGAUCAAUGAAGGGAGAACUCGGUACUCGUGUAAGCGUUCAUUCGAGUGUCGAUAGAAAAUCAUGUUUAAUUAUUAGAAAUCGUGUAUAGAUUUAUACGUGUAUGUAAGAUUAGACAAUAUGUUCUGAAUUAUACCUACAGACAUACAAAAAUUGAAUGAAUUUUUAUAAUAAGAGAAAUCGUUAUUGCAACAAAAUUGAAA